AUGGAGGCAUAUGGAGACCCACCCAGGGCGCAGACAGAGCGGAGGACCCCCAGACCUCGGCUUACGCAAGAACAGCAAGUGGAUGGGAAAGGAGCCCUCUACAACACAAACCUCAUUGACUUAAUGGGUCGGUUUUGGAUUUCGCCUUCGAAAGGUUCGGAAAGCGGCAGCGUUGUGUUACUGCCCCGCCGGCUCCCAGCCUCCCGCCCCGGUUAUCACCGCGCCGAGACGGGGCUCCGACCAAAAAUGCCGCUGAUGUUAUUUGCCUGCGUCUGCGAGGUGCUGCAGCAAGGGGGGAACCUGGAGAGGUUGGGCCGGUUCCUCUGGUCGCUGCCGGCCUGCGACCACCUGCACAAGAACGAGAGCGUCCUGAAGGCCAAGGCGGUGGUGGCCUUCCACCGCGGCAACUUCCGCGAGCUCUACAAGAUCCUGGAGAGCCACCAGUUCUCCCCCCACAACCACCCCAAGCUGCAGCAGCUCUGGCUGAAGGCUCACUACGUGGAAGCCGAGAAACUGCGGGGCAGACCCUUGGGCGCCGUCGGCAAAUACCGCGUCCGCCGAAAAUUCCCUUUGCCCCGCACCAUCUGGGACGGCGAGGAAACCAGUUACUGCUUCAAGGAGAAAUCCCGGGGCGCAUCUUGCUCCCACGAUGAAAUAAAACUCAAAGGAUUUACUGAGGGCAUUAGCACAGCGCCCAUCCCCGGCGCCUCCCGCCUGCCGUAA